GCCGACAUCAUCACCAGAGACCUCGCCCGCCCGACUCCACGGCCUCCCUCCGCAACCCGCUCCUCAGCCCGCCAAUGCGCCGUCGCCCGCCGCAAUGAACGCGCCUAAGAACCUGCUCCUGCGCAGCCUGCGAGCGGCCCGGCCCGUCGCCCGGUGCGCCCGCGUCGCCCGGCCCGCGCCGCCGCGAAGGCCCUUCACCACCUCGUCAGCCCGCUGCAAUAAGGACCCUGGACCGCCGGCUGAAGACCCCAACUUCGUGUCCAUCCUCGAGACUCCUCCGCAGAUCGUCCGCGCCGGCAAGCGCCAUGGCCCCGGGCUCAUCAUCCUCGCCAUCAUCCCCAUCACCGCCUUCAUCCUCGGCUCAUGGCAGGUCCAACGCCUGGGCUGGAAGUCGGAGCUGAUCGCCAAGUUCGAGGACCGCCUCGUGCGCGACCCGCUGCCGCUGCCGCCGACCAUCGACCCGGACGCCGUCAAGGACUUCGACUUCCGCCGCGUCUACGCAACCGGCCACUUCCGCCACGACCAGGAGAUGCUCGUCGGCCCGCGCAUGCGUGACGGCACCGACGGCUUCAUGGUCGUCACGCCGCUCGAGCGCAAGGGCGGCUCCACGAUUCUCGUCAACCGCGGCUGGAUCGACAAGAAGCACCGGAAUCGCCGCUCGCGACCCGACGGCCUCCCCACCGGUGAAGUCACUGUCGAGGGGCUGCUGCGUGAGCCCUGGAAGAAGAACAUGUUUACUCCGGAAAACAGGCCAGAGAGGGGCGACUUCUUUUUCCCCGACGUCAAGCAGAUGGCUGAGCUGACGGGCAGCCAGCCUGUCUGGGUCGAGGCAACUAUGGAACCCGAGUUCAUGCAGAUGGUCGACUAUGAGGCACGCGGUAUUCCCUAUGGGCGAGCCGCUGAGGUGAACCUCCGCAACAACCAUGCCCAGUACAUCUUCACGUGGUAUGGCCUAUGUGCGGCCACCUCUAUCAUGUUGUUCAUGGUGGUCAAGAAACCCUCGUCAGACAUUGCACGUCGUGUGGCCCGCUCCAAGGGUUUCUAGGCUGGAAACAACCACCCUAUUCAUGUCCAUGUAAAAACUCAUGUAACCUCUGUAACUUCCUCUUCGUCGUCUUCCCGCGCCCGCUUUGCACGACGCUGCUUAGUAGGUUGCGGAACGGGCAUCCUCAGCUCCUGGAG